AUGGGCCAGAAAAUUAGAAAGGAAAAACAUGGAGCUCCAAAAGUCUGGCUCAAGGAAUGGGCCAGGAUUCCAGCAGAGUACUGUCAGAAGCUUGUUGAAGCAAAGAAUAUUAAAUUUGUGACUGAAAUCCAUUCUUUUAUAAUAGCCAAGAAGAUUCGCUGGUGCACUGUGUCCAAUCCUGAACAAAGAAAGUGUGCAGAGAUGGCUAAAGCCUUGAUGGCUGUGUUGCCUCCCACCGAUCUUAACACUUUUGCCAGACUUUCUUGCAUCCGUGCAUCCAGCCAGACUGACUGCAUCAACAAAGUCACAGCUAAUCGCGCAGACAUAGUUACGCUUGACGCAGGAGAUGUUUACUCUGCGGUAAAGCAAUACGGCCUGACAGCAUUUGCCAAGGAGAUAUACAGUGACGGAAGCUGUGUUUUAUCUGUGGCUGUGGUGAGAAACAGCAAUUUAGACAUAACGUCCCUGCGGGGUCUCAGGAGCUGUCACAGUGGGCUUCGAUGGACGGCCGGUUGGAGUCUUCCACUUGGGUUCCUGCUUUCCCGAAACUACCUGAGCUGGACAAAGGAGAGAACGCUCACACAGGAUGUGAGCAGCUUUUUCAAUGCUAGCUGUGUCCCUGGAGCUGCUGCAAUAGCGCCACAUCUGUGUGCUCUGUGCCAAGGCCAGAAGUCUUACGUCAGCCAAAAGAACCACCACUGCGAGACGUCUCACAGCGAACCUUUCUACAGCAACUAUGGUGCCCUCAGAUGUCUCAAGAGUGGUACUGGGGAUGUUGCAUUUGUGGACCAUUUAACAAUUCAAAGUAUAGAAAACAGUGAGAGGGACAAGUUGAGAUUACUGUGCACAGAUGGCACUCAAGCACCACUCAGCCACUACAAUGCAUGUCAUCUGGGCCGCGGUCCAGGAGGGGCUGUUGUCACCAGAUUGAGUUUUCGCAAAGUGGCUCGUAAAUUUCUUCCUACGUUGCAGAUGCUGUUUGGCCGUCAAGGGCGAGAGAAUCAUCGCUUCCAACUCUUCGACUCAACUUCUUUUGGGGCAAGAGACCUUCUUUUCAAAGAUGCCACUGCCAAACUAGCUGCUCUGCCAGAUGACGUUGACAUCAGUGAAGUGUUGGGACUGGGUUUUAUCGCACUGCUCAAAGGUCUUGGACAUGAAGGAAGCUCAUUGGAGGACAGCGUUGUGCGGUGGUGCUGCAUUAGCCAUGCAGAACAGACAAAAUGUGAGCAGUGGGCUCUGAGUAUAGAUUCAGACCCGCUGGUGUGCGUUAGAGGGACCUCCAUGCAGGAUUGUGUGGCAAAAAUUAAGAGAGAUGAAGUGGAUGCUGUCUCUCUUGACGCCACUCAUGUAUUCAUUGCAGCAAAAUGUGGGCUUGUCCCUGUAGUAACAGAAUAUUAUGGUAAAGACACAGAAUGUACUGCAAUUGAAGUAUCUGGCAAAAAUACCAAAGUGUUGCCCUCAAUUGUGGGCUUGGCAGUAUCCAAGCGGUCAAGUAGGAGCAUUACAAUGGGCAACCUUGGAAGUCGCCGCUCCUGUCACGGUCACAUGUACAGUCCCGCUGGUGUACAGUGACAUAUUUUGGAAAGGAUGUCUUCCUGGUUCACAUGGGAAACUGUGUAAAGUGUGUUUGGGAGGUUCUGAGGAGGCUACAACUAAACGCUGCACUGACAACCAUAACGAGCGUUACUAUGGCAACAUGGGAGCUU